AUGGAUUCCCCUUUUGACUCUCCACAAAAUACACCUCCAAGACACUCGAGUAUACCCACGUUUUCAACUACGUCUUUUACAGAUCCAGACACUUCACCAAGACAAAUAAAUAGAGGCUUCACUUUGCCGACACCUGGGUCUCCUAAACGUGGCUAUAAAAAACCUGCUAAACCUCGAGAGUUUGCAAAAAGUGCUAAAAAACGUCAAUCUGUUUUAGCUCUGGCUUAUUGUCAUGCUGAUAUCCAAACAAUGUUGGAUGCUUGGUCUAUGGUCACCGGCGAAGUAAAAGCUGAAGCUGAUCCUGUACCUGUUGAUGUCUUGGCUGCUAUUGAAACUACUACAAAAACUAUUCAAUCUGUAAAAAAUUAUUCUAUGUUUAAAGAAGAUCUUUCUGAUGAAUCUCUUUCUAAAAUUCGUGCUGCUGCUUUGGAAGUUCUUGAAAUGAUUAGCAAUUUGGAAAAAGACCAUCGUGAUGAUGACACUGAUGAUAGCAGCAGUGAGGAUGGUCAUAUAUACAAAGAAUCCAACUAUAGAUCAUUAGAUAGCCAACGUGAAAUUCUAAAAAAAUAUUUGAUGGUAGUCGAGGACUGUUUACUGUUUGACGAUAAGAAUAUUUAUCCUAAUGUCUCUUAUUUAAGAACUUCAACUGAUGAUGAAAGGAAGGGUAAUGAUGCUCCAAUAACUCCUCCUUUAUCACCUGGUCACCCGAAUAGUGAUUGGGUGGAUCCUGAUCAUUUUGGUGAUAAUACUAUUGCUCGUUAUCACGCUUUUUUGGAAGCUCAUCGUCCAUCAAAGUCUAAACAAGCCGCUGAUUAUAUUCCGCUUCCUGAUCCUUGUAUAGACAAAACCGAAUUCUUAGCUUCUUUAGCGUAUUUGGAAAAAUUUUUGGAGAUAUUUUGUGAAAAAGCUAUGCAAGAACUCAUAUCAACUGGCUCAUAUAAACAAUAUCCUUUAUCACGAGUAUCAUCCAUGUACGUACACGAUGCUAACUCAAAUUCACAAAUACAGCUUCAAAAAGCUAAGAUGGCAGCUAUUAAUUCCGAAGAUCUUGCUUCUGCUGUUAAGGCCAAGUUAUUUGUCCAAUCAAAUAGUAGCGGUGAAGAUAGUUCAUAG